ACUCCCCGUGCCAUUGGUCUUGAAGAGCAUGCUCGACCUCGCCAGAACUCUGAAAUCACCUAAAAGUGCCACCAUCAUGUCGUCGUUCUACAUUCCCGACGUCGGCAGCGACUACGCCAACGUCACUACGAACUACACAUACAUGGAUUCAGGGUCGGCAGAGAUCUUCGCCGAAUCUCUCUUUCGCAUCCUGACCCUCUCCGCAAUUUUCCUCAUCUCCGUACCUCUCAACAUCAUCGUCCUCAUCAUCGUGUUUCGACGACGUCGUCACAAGUCGCGGGUCAACAUCCUUGUCAUGCACCUGACACUCGCCGACCUCUUCGUCGCCCUUAUCAACAUUCCAACCGAUGUGGUAUGGUUCUACACGGUGCGCUGGCUGGCCGGGAAUGCGAUGUGUAAAAUCAUCAUGUUCAUCGAAUCGUUUAAUAUGUAUGGGUCGUCGUUUAUCCUCAUCGUCAUCAGUCUCGAUCGCUACGCUGCCAUUGUGCAUCCUCUCAGUAUUCACCAAGCAGACAGACGAUGUAAGAUCAUGGUUCGAGCCGCCUGGACAUGUAGUGCCCUCUGCAGUGUACCACAGUUCCUGGUCCACGAAGUCCUCUCACCUUACGAAGCACCGGACUUCACGCAGUGCGUCGACUACCGAUUCGCUUUCGAGCAUCCCACACUAUGGAGGCUUUAUCACGUUUUCGUCACCCUAGCCAUGUAUGUCGUGCCUCUGAUCACUAUAUUCACAUGCUACGCAGCCAUCAUCUAUAAGAUAUGCAGGAAAACUAAGCAAGCUCGUCAAUCCAUCAACAACAAUGAGAGUAGCGUCCUCAGGCGGUCAUGUUCGAGCAGUCUACCGAGAGCCCGGAUGAAAGCUCUUCGUCUCACGGCGACCAUUGUGACAGCGUUCAUCAUGUGCUGGGGUCCGUAUUAUGUACUGAGCACGUGGUACCAUUUCGACAUAAGGUGGCAAACGGGAGCUGGCCUCCCAAACCCUGACUGGAUGAUCCACAUUAUGAUGGCUCUAGGCUACUCUAACAUCUGUCUUGAUCCUAUCAUCUACGGCAUAUUCAUCACGCGGUUCAGUCUCUGCCAGCGCCGCGGUAAGUCCGCGGUCAUGCACCCGCUCACGACCUACCGCCGAUCGACGAUGAACUCAAAAGUCAUCACAAAUGACGGACACACGUCCUCGGUGCGGUUCAAUCAUACGCUGGUGUCCAGCAAGAACAGCUGCAGUGGUACUCACGCCGCGGUCGACACGGUAACGCCGCUCCCAGACAGUGACACGAGAAGGAACAACUUCGUGAAUCGACGCAAAACGUCGACCACGUAACGACGUUUUAGUAACGUCUACUGACGCAAGACUGCUACUCACCUUUUAAAAAAGCCUCUUGAGUCUUGACAUUGCAAGGGUACGACUGGAUAAUAUGAGCCCUGUGGGAUAUGGAUACUUUAUCUUAUUUCAAACUAAUUAUUCAUAUUAAUGUUUCUUUGCAGAAGCAGUUUAAUCUCCAGUUUGUAUACGGUUAUUCAUAAUGUGACACAAAGGGAAGAAACUAGGCAAUUUGAAACAAUUUGGGUUAUGUAAGAAUUUCAAGUUUUAUUAAAGAGAUAUUUU